AUGGAUUCUCAUAGUUCUUCCUCCAUGCUAAACUAUUGCUACCACGAGUUUUUUGCGGAUGGCGAUGGUUCAACCGAUGAGGAGGUUGAGCAAGAGGCGGUUACGGGUGCUUGUAAACUAGCGAUGAGAUAUGCCGAGUAUUGUCGUCGCCCCCAAGCAAAAAAAGGUAAAAGAGGUUAUAUUGAACGAGACCGACGCGGGGCACACGAUCGUUUGAUGAAAGAUUAUUUUGAUGAGGAGCCGACAUAUUCGAACGAAAUGUUUAGACGUCGUUUCCGAAUGAGUAAGCGGUUAUUUCUACGUAUAGUCCACGACUUGGAAGCCAACUACGAUUUUUUUAAACAAAAAGCGGAUGCGAGAGGGGAACUUGGAUUUACCGGUAUCCAAAAGUGUACCUCGGCGUUACGAAUCCUUGCUUAUGGAAACACUACCGACAUCAAUGACGAGUAUCUAAAAAUGGGGGAGAAAACAACGAGAGAUAGCUUGGAGCAUUUUUGUCGCGGUAUAAUUGAUGUGUACGGUGCGCGUUAUCUUAGAACGCCCACAUGGGACGACCUUCAAAAGAUCUACGAGGUACAUAAUGCUCAGCAUGGUUUGCCUGGUAUGAUCGGGAGCAUAGAUUGCAUGCAUUGGCGUUGGAAUAACUGCCCGACUGCAUGGCGAGGCCAACACACACGAGGUGACCAAAAAGGACCCACUAUUAUUCUUCAGGCGGUUGCUUCACAGGACCUUUGGGUUUGGUUUCAAUCUUAA